AUGGCGGCCAGCAAACACGUGCUUGGCCAUGUUCAUCGACUCCCAUCAACGACAUCGUCCAGUAAUAAGCCGGAAACCCCAGCAAUUGGGGGCAUCUCCCGAUGCCGCAGAAAAGAAAAGGUUCGCACGUCGCCCCUGAGCUUCGGCUCUCCCUGCAUAUUUCCCGGGCCAAUCACAGCCCUGUUCCUGGCCCUAAGCUCAUUCUGGACUGGGCAGCCCCCUAUUGCUUCUGGUGCUACGUUAUUAGAGUUUUCCAUUAACUCGACGCGGAAAUGGCUUUCGGUUCGCGUCAAAAUCGAAGCAACUCUCCUCACUUUUGCUGCAGCCUUGGCCGAGGCCUGCCCGCCCGUUGUCGUCAAAAUGAAACGCCGCCCAGCUAAAUUCGCCACUGCUCCGCACCUGGCCUUCAGCAAGUAG